UUCUAGUCAUUCGAUCGUUGAAUUUAGUGCCAAAACGGUGGAUUGGUGUCACAUUCCUCAACAGAAUGCCGGAACACACGCCAGUUCCUAGUCCUUCCCGGGCCAUUUAUGGAUUUGCGAUGUUUCUGUUGUUCAAAACCCUUUUUAUCCUUUACGUUCUGUGGGCUUUCAUUCCCACUAAAUUCCUAGACGGUUUAGGCUUAACCCACCUUCCGGAUAAAUAUUUCGCACUGUUCAUACCGAUUUUGCUGCUGGUUGCGCUUACAUUCUUCGUCUUUCUCGUCUACCCGUCGUUUUCAUUGGCCAUGACGCCGGAACCGGAUUCCCGAGAGUCGGUAACGGAUCGAUAUACGAUUGUGCGUUGUCAGUAUCAGUAUCCGGAUCGGCAACGGUGCAAUCAGAAAAUCGAUCAACCCUACGGAGAGAGUUGGGCCGUGAAGCCGUUCUGCUUGAAACAUUCGAUCCGCCGGGUUGCGGCGGCUUCGGAUUUGAGGGACAGCGGUCGGAUUGCUAACGUUUGUGAUUGUCCCGACAAGAGGCGCUGUUUGCUAAAGAAGGAUCCAAGCCAUCUGGGAAAAUUACGGACCCGAUCGAUGGUGCCAUCGGUGGCCGACUUGAGCCUGGUGGAUGUUAGUAGAGUUUUGUACAGGAAGAAAAUCUAAUUGAAAUUCGUCGCGAUCUUCGUUUGUUUCUGGGAAGAAAUCGAUAGCAAGAAUGCCAAAUAUAAUUAUAUCAAUCUUUUAACAGCUUUGUUGAUAACCAUUCCGAAUUGGUCAUUUGAACGCUUAUGCGGAGCUUA